AGCGAGAUUGGCCCGAGUACUGCACUGUGCUAACAUCACUAUACGGUGACGACAUGAAGUAUUCAUUUCAAAUAUUCAAUACACCACACUUGAGUCUGACACUUCAUUCCAUUGUGAUAAGGGUGACUGUGAAGCGUAUGGCUCUGCAUAAUAAUUUUUAUUAAAGUACAUAUAAGCAUAAAAGUAUAAAUAAUGAACGAUGAAAAGCAACCACUGCUCACGGGACCCAGCAAUACAGUUGAUAAUCUUGAACAACCAGUAGAAUUAGUGACAGACCCAGUUUCGACUUCUAGUGAGAAACCCAAAGGUGACUACCACCCAGCUUCAGAAAGAUGUUUAGAACAUCCAACUUCCAACUUCGAUACUCUCAUUCACCUUCUAAAAGCAAAUAUUGGCACUGGAAUUUUAGCAAUGCCAGAUGCUUUUAAAAAUGCAGGUCUUGUACUUGGUGUAUUUGGUACAUUACUAAUGGGUGCAAUAUGCACUCAUUGCAUGCAUGUGCUAGUGUCAUGUGCACAUGAACUAUGCAUCAGAAGUCAGAAGCCUUCAUUAAGCUUUUCCGAUGUAGUUGAAGACUCUUUCGCAUCAGGUCCUGUUUCCUUAAGGCCAUAUGCUAAAACAAUGCGGAAUAUUGUCAAUGUAUUUCUGGUAAUAACACAAUUGGGAUUUUGCUGUGUUUACUUUCUAUUUGUUGCCACUAACCUUCAAGACACAAUGCAUUUUUUCCAUAUAAAUUUAAGUGUACAUGUGUACUUGGCUUUAUUAUUCCCGCCGAUACUCGCCCUGGCUGUGGUGAAGAACUUAAAGUACCUGACUCCAGUAUCUCUGAUAGCCUCUAUAAUGACCGCUUGGGGCCUUGUGAUAACAUUUUACUACAUAUUUCAAGAUUUGCCUCCUACCAAUACUGUGAAAGCAUUUUCUAGUUGGCAUCAACUGCCUUUAUAUUUUGGGACGGCUAUAUAUGCGUUUGAAGGCAUAGGAGUGAUCUUACCUUUAGAGAAUAAUAUGAAAACGCCAGAGGACUUUGGCGGUUGGAACGGAGUGCUGAACACAGGCAUGGUGAUCGUGGCCUGUUUGUAUACAGCCAUUGGAUUUUUCGGCUAUUUGAAGUACGGUGAACGUGUACAAGGAAGCAUAACUCUUAACCUGCCGAACUCUUUACUAGCGCAAAGCGUCCGGGCAGUGAUGGCGAUAUCGAUAUUUUUAUCAUAUUGCCUACAGUUCUACGUUCCCAUGAACAUAGUAUGGCCGUAUGUGAAAUCAAAACUUACAUCGGAACAAACACUCAAACACGGUGAAGCAGUGACUCGGUUUGUGCUAAUUUCAAUAACAUUUUUAGCGGCAGCCCUGAUUCCGAACUUGAGUGGAAUAAUUUCAUUGGUGGGGGCGUUUAGCAGCUCUGCGCUUGCGCUGAUCUUCCCACCACUCAUAGAAAUCAUGACGUGCUGGCCUGACCAGCUAGGCAAGAACCGCUGGAAGCUCUACAAAGACAUCGUGAUAAUCAUCUUCGGUGUCACAGGCUUCAUAUUUGGCACUUUCAUUAACGUAAAGAAUAUAUUUUUCGACGGAUAAACCAAUGACUAAAAAAAACAUGACGAAAUAGGAAAUAUUAACCAAAGAAUUUUAUAUAAUUGUUUUUUGUUUUAUAUGAUAAUCAUGACAAUAAUUGUGUGUAGUAAAUGUUUCAAAAUAUUUUGCUUUAUAAAAAAUAUUUACUUAGCUUAUAGGUGUUGAUUAAUUGACAAGCUCAGCUUAUUUUUACACGUUUAUUUUAUAUAGGACAUUUUUAGUAUCACUUUAUUAUAAAAAAAUGUUAAUUCAAUGGGUAUUAUUUAGAACUUGAAUUGCUAUGACUAUGAGCUUGUACGAAUUAUAUCUUGUAGAUGACUGUGUACAUACUAUGUGUGCAUUCACUUUCAUUAGAAAUUCUUUAACGCGCAUUGUGCGUGUAUUUACUGUAAGCAGCUAAACAAUAUGAGAUUAUAAUGAUGUUUACAUUCCACUGUUACUCUAAACAUAAUUAUGAUGUUGUACCUGUCGGUAUUUUUAUGUGAUCGUAGUACCUACCUAUUUUAUAUAUUAUAAUAUUAAAUUAUUUUGUUAGAUCCUUAAAUCCUUGUUUAGUUAUUUUUAAACGAAAAGUCUAUUUACUGUAACUAAAUUAAGAAAUAUAUUAGAAAGUAAAAAUAGAAUCUAUGUAAAUAUUGAGUAUCGGAACAUUCGAAUGUUUAAAAUAUAAUUGUUUAUUGCAUUUACUGUGGGUGCUUAUGUAGUUCAAUGUGUUUUGGUCUCUUUAAUAAUUGUGAAUUUGUGAAUUAUGCUUUAUAAUGUAAUGCAUUGUUUUAUUAGCAGACUUGUUGUAUACAACUCAAAAUAGUAUGUGUCGUAAAGUUGUUGAAUCGUCGCCGUCGUGGGCAAGUUAGUUGAAAUUCAUAAAAUAUUAGAAACAUUAACAAGUCUGUAUGAGUGUUCACUUUUAAAACAUCUGAGUAUUUACUAAUAUUAUAAUAACUCGCGAAGUGGAUUUAUGUAUUUAUUUCAUAACGGUAAGACUCGCGAUUCUUCCUCGGCGUCAGCCCAUAUCCCAACCGGAUUUAUUACUCAUGUUUGUUCCGGUAACUUGUCGAGCAAUCCGGUAAAUACGCGAAGUAAACCGUUAUAAAAUAAAUAAUCGAAAUCUUUGCCCAUGAGAGCCAUAAUUUCUAAGUAAAUUUCAUAAAUGGUAAGCAAUGUAAAUCUUCACAUUUUAAUUAUUUAAAAAGCAAGCUAUAUUAAUGCUAUAAAUUAAAGAUCUGUAAUCGUUUACUAUUUACGCUCUUACGAAUGUGUGUAGAAUCUGUUCAUAAAUCUCAAAUAAUUCAUAAUUAUUGUUUGCCUAUUUAGUGGUGAUGUACUUAUGUCAACAAAAUAUAGAUAAUGAUGCAAAUGA